CCAACUGCUCGCUCCAAGCGCGGGGUAAUUCUAGCAGGCGUCCAAGUGCAUUUCACGCAUCGUCUUAGAAUGUGACGUCAAACACAGACCAUGAGCACAAAAUGGUUGUGUCCGAGGACAAAUUUGUCCGAAAAAACAUCGCGAUGGGAGAAGAUGAAGAACGAUGUGGCGAUGCGGGCAGACCCUGGCCUAAACUUCUGGGAAGUGCGCCCCGUGUAACUGACCGGAGACGUGCCUCGAUGCCGUCCUUGCCGACCGAUUGCUUCCCAGAAAGGGAACGGAUCUUUGCUGGCAGUUCUCUCUUGUCCAAGAUGUUGAUUAUCUGAUAACCAAUGCGCGGCCACCUCACCGUCUACGAGCUUCCUUUGAGGGUCGUUGCGGACACCCGUGAUCUUGGAGAGGUCAACUUUCGGCAGUACAUGAAGCGGAAAUACCACACAUCCCUGUCAGCAUGCUCAUGAAUUAGAGUAUUGUGCAUGGAGUAACCGUAUGGUACGUUGACGUCAAUGUUCGAGUCUUCGGACGCAUGUUGUUGGUUAAUGGUGCUCGUCAGCUGCCCGUGAAGCGGCACGUCCUGAGCUGUUCUUGGACGGGUGUUAUAUUGUCGGACCGGCCCCCGUCUCUGUGCUCAUCCUACGUGCCGUUAAAUAGACUACGGCACGCCUAAGAAGCAUGGUUAACCCCUUAUAAGUCCGAGGACGAUGGCCCCGGGACACGUGCUGUGCUGGAUGCUGAAAGCGUCCCCGAUGCCUCGCCUCAACGCCCGCGUCAAGGGAAGGUUUUGCGAUACACCAAGAAGCCCCCAACCCGCCUUCAGCUAAACUCGUCCAGCGGUUGGGUAGACACCGGCAUCGACCUAGGUGUAUCGACGCUGGCAGAUUCCGGCUCGAGUCAAAGUCCGCGUUACGCCUCGGUGCUCAACUUGUACAAGUCAAGACGCUUCUUCUGUGCCUGCUAUUACAGGCGGUGAUUGCCGAAGGCGUGCUCUAUGUGUCGAACGCGCAAUACCUCCAGAGCGGGGGAUACAUAUUAAUGGCCAAGGAACGAUAUCCCAAUGAUGUGUCCCUCUUUCCAUGUUUCCGCGCAACAACUUCCUGAAACUGGAUGUCCAACAUGAUCUACGAACAACAAGCAGAAGGUGGCUCCGCGGAGUCUCUUACGACCAUUGGCUCGGGGGAGGAGGGGAGAUGGUACAUGGAGCGCUAUGGUAGACAGUUUCAUGUCAUGGAUGCAUUGUGGCCAUACCCACACGACGACGACGAAAUGGAGAGACAAGUCCUUCAGCAUGACUUACUGAGAAAGGUUGUCGGACACAAUUUUGUCGGACCCGUCCCCAUCAUCCUGGCUAAUACUCCCCAGAGACCGGUGAAGCGCGUGCUUGAUGUGGGGAGCGGAACGGGUCGCUGGUUGGUUUUUUUUUCGGCGAGUCCGGUGGCCCUGUCCGAGCUCACAUAUAAGGACAGGGUGCAGCAGAUGGCAGAGAUGUUCCCACACGAGUACCAAACCACUACUGCUUCAGGCAGAAAUCUUGCGGCGGAAGCCCCGGCCUUCUUCCAGUGGUUCGAGACGAUCCGUAUUUUUAUAAGGACUCGGCUGGGCCUGGACAUGAACACACCUCAACGCCUCCCGCAAAUCCUGCAUGAGAAGGGGUUCAGGAGCAUCAAUACGAGGGCACACACCAUUCCAAUAGGGCCUUGGGCAGCUGAUCCCGUCGGCAAGCAGCUUGGCGAAAUGAAUUGCCACGUGUGGCUCGAGUUUUUGAACACGACGCGGCCAAUGCUGAUGGAGGUACGGAAGAACGAGCAACAGGUUGACAGGCUUAUUGCGGGCGUGCGGACCCUGCUCGAAGAGCUGCCGCAGGGCGUCCGUCUGCUAUCCCGAUAUCAUACCAUCUGGGCUCUUCGUGGGCAGUCGCGGCUGGUGAACGAGAAAGAAUUGUAA